AUGCACCACUUCAACGCGGCAGACAACCAUCCAGAAGCCGCCAGCAGAUGGGUUUCGUGGAUCCCUAUGGCGGGCCGUAUGCGCUCCCGCCACCUCUCCGCCAUAGAUUUUGUUUAUAGACCCAUGGACAGGCACUGUCAGGAGUACGGAAUACUGGCACCAUAUUUCUACUUCACGGCGUACUCCGUACGUAUGAUCCAGAUCUUCAGCCGCGACUGCUUCGACUGCUUCGACUGCUUCUCAUCAUCUCUAAAGAUAUCGUAUGCUCGAAACCUGGGUUCUCCCUCUCUCUCCCUCUCACAGGUACGGAUACCAGACAGACCAAAGGCCCCGAGUCCCGCCGUUGAGAAAACAAAAAGGCCAAGACCAUUUUGGUGGAGAUGCCGCAGGGAAGUCCAGCACCUUAAUCAGGACAAAUGA